AUGGUAGCAGCCGGCGGGAGCUUCAACCCAAAUGACAGAGGCGGAUUUGGAGAACCAGACCCCGGCCGAAUGACUAAAGUAGCUGGAUGUCGAAUUAGUAUCCAAGCGCAGGCUAGAAGCCGAAUCAGUACCCAAGCGCUGGCUGGAAGUCGAACUAGUACCCAAGGUGAUUGGAAAACGACCGACGUUCGUGGAGUUGGAUGCCGAACCAGUAUCCAAGUGCGGACGAUCAUCCGAACAGCCGAGGGCUUUUCUUGCUGUCGAAGACGAAGAGGGCCUUGCCGAGCCCAUUAUGAUCCUUGGUUCGCAAAUGGAGCUAUUGAAGAUUGA